AUGAAAAUGAAACUAUUUCCCCGGCACAAUGGCCCCGACGCCACCGAGUUUGUUCUGCUGGGACUGACAACUUACCAAGACCUGCAGCCCAUCUUCUGUGUGGUCUUCCUCCUGAGUUACCUCAUCACCCUAGUCAGGAACCUUGGGGUGAUUUUAUUAAUCAGAUUCACUCAGCUGCAAACCCCCAUGUGCUUUUUCCUCACCCACUUAGCGUGUGUAGAUAUGUUUUAUUCUCCGAAUGUCUCUCCUCAGAUGCUUGCGCACUUCUUAUCUGAGAAGAAGACCAUUUCCUAUGCGGGAUGUCUGGCCCAAUGUUAUGUUUUUGUGACCCUGCUCCUUACUGAGUAUUACAUGCCUGGUGCCAUGGCCUAUGACAGGUACGUGGCCAUCUGCAGUCCCCUGCAUUACAACAGCAGAAUGUCCAGGCCACUCUGCAUCUGCCUGGUCACCCUCCCCUACCUCUGGGGGUCCAUGGUGGCCACAAUGCAGGUGAUACUGACCUCUCACUUGUCCUUUUGUGGAUCCAACAUCAUCAACGAUUUCUACUGUGCAGACCCAGACCUCUUAAUGUUGACGUGUUCUAACACUUAUGUAAAGCAAACUGCCCUGUUUGUGUCCACUGGGAUUAACCUCACAGUUUCCCUUCUCAUAAUCCUCAUCCCCUAUGUUUUCAUUUUCAUCACCAUCAUGAGGAUCCAUUCCAGUGAAGGGCAGUGCAAAGCCUUCUCCACCUGUGGCUCCCACCUGACAGCUGUCUGUAUGUUCUACGAGUCCCUGUUCUGCAUGUAUCUGAGACCAGCAAAUGAGCAAUCUGUUGAACAAGGGAAAAUUAUCUCAGUGUUUUGUAUUUUUGUGAAUCCCAUGCUGAAUCCAUUUAUCUACAGCCUGAGAAACAAGGAUGUGAAACAGGCUUUGAGAAGGGUAUAUAUGAGAAACCUUG